AUGUCUUCUGCUGAUAACGCUCCUACUCCAACUACGCCUGAACAACCUGCAACAGACAAAAAGCAACCACCUGUCAUUCUUUGCAUCGGCAUGGCUGGUUCAGGAAAGACUACCUUCAUGCAGAGAAUUAAUGCAUACCUUCACGAGAAAAAGACACCACCUUAUGUUUUAAAUCUUGAUCCUGCAGUUUCCUCACUUCCAUUCACUGCAAAUAUUGACAUUCGAGACACUGUGAAUUAUAAAGAAGUCAUGAAACAAUAUAAUCUUGGACCCAAUGGUGGUAUUCUUACUAGUCUUAAUUUGUUUACAACCAAGUUUGAUCAAGUGCUUAAUUUGAUCGCCAAGAGAUCUGACAGUGUUAGUAACGUCUUGGUUGAUACACCCGGUCAAAUCGAAAUCUUUACUUGGUCUGCCUCUGGUGCCAUCAUUACAGACACACUGGCUGCCACUUAUCCUACAAUGAUUGCCUACAUCAUCGACACACCACGCACGACAUCACCCGCCACCUUUAUGAGCAACAUGUUGUACGCGUGUAGUAUUCUCUAUAAAACAAAAUUACCCUUCAUCCUGGUGUUCAACAAGACAGAUGUUGUUUCGCAUGAUUUUGCAGUCGAAUGGAUGACAGAUUUUGAAAAGUUCCAACUGGCCCUCAGUCAAGAUACGACUUACAUGAGCAGUUUGAUGUCUUCGAUGAGUUUGGUGCUCGAUGAAUUCUACAAUCACUUGAAAGUGAUCGGUGUCUCUGCUGUUACGGGCGCAGGCAUUGAUGAAUUCUUUAAGGCGGUUGAAGAAGCAGCACAAGAGUAUGAAGUAGAGUAUAAGCCAGAAAUUGAAAGAAUGAUUCGAGAAAAGAUGGCCAAAGAAGAAAAGAAUCGUGAACAGCAAUUGAAUAAGCUGAUGAGAGAUAUGAAGGUCUCGAAGGGAUCUGAAGUACUUUCAUCAAAUGAUUAUGAUGAAAGAUGGGAAGACGCAGAAGAAGAAGAAGAAGAAGAUUAUGAAAGCGAAGAAGAAAAUCCACUGCCAAGUGCAUCUAAAUAUCCACCAUCAAGAGCUCAAAGAAUGGAAGAUGAAAAAUUCAAAAAGUGGUUAUCAAAGACUAAAGAAAGCACAAUAUAA